CUCACCUACAGGCGCAGGAGGCCCCAUUACCUGGCACAUCUGAGGGGCAGGUCCUUGUUGCCCCUUCUUCUAGUCCUGAGUGGGCGCUGGGUGCUGGCCCGGUCUGACUGACUGAGUCUCCAUCCCUUAGACACAGCAUUCAUCGAUGAAGAGAGAGAACCAUACCGCGGUGGGUGAAUUUGUUCUCCAGGGUUUUUCCAGCUUUCGUGAACACAAGAUCAUCCUCUUUGUGAUAUUUCUUACCUUGUACCUUUUAACUCUGGCUGGCAAUGUCAUCAUUGUGACAGUCAUCAGCUUUGCUCGUCACCUGCACACCCCCAUGUACUUCUUCCUUGGUGUUCUUUCCACUUCUGAGACUGUCUACACACUGGUCAUUGUACCGCGGAUGCUUUGCAGCCUCACAGGCCUGAGUCAGCCCAUCUCCUUGGCUGGCUGUGCCACCCAGAUGUUCUUCUUCAUCACCUUGGCCAUCAACAACUGCUUCCUGCUCACGGCGAUGGGGUACGACCACUAUGUGGCCAUCUGCAACCCCUUGAGGUACACGGUCAUCAUGAACAAGAGGGCGUGUGCCCUGCUCGUAUCAGGGGCUUGCAGUAUUGGGCUGUUUGUGGCCAUAAUUCAGAUUUCCUCUGUAUUCAGACUGCCCUUUUGGGACAGAGAGGUGGCCCACUAUUUCUGUGACAUCCGCCCAGUUAUGAAACUCUCCUGUGCUGAUACCACUCUACAUGACAUAAUUAAUUUUAUCAUCAGCUCACUCGUUAUUGUGGUUCCCAUGGGCCUGGUCUUCAUCUCCUAUGUCCUCAUCGUCUCCACCAUCCUCAAGAUCCCCUCCGCCCGGGGCCGGAAGAAGGCCUUUGCCACCUGCGCCUCUCACCUCACGGUGGUCGUCGUCCACUACGGCUGUGCCUCCGUCGCCUACCUCAAGCCCAAGUCAGAGAACACCAAGGAUCAGGACCAGCUGAUCUCGGUGACCUACACCGUCAUCACCCCCCUGCUGAACCCGGUUGUAUACACCCUGAGGAACAAGGAGGUCAAGGAUGCUCUUCACCGUGCUAUUCGCAAAAACCCUCUUGCUUAG